CUUUCAUUAACUUCAUAUUAAUAUGGACGAAUCAUUCCAUUUUGCCCUUCUUAGGGUAUCGAUAAUCCAAAUAUUAAAGGCCACUGGAUUCGAUAAAUGUAAGCCAUCUGUGGUGAAUAUAUUGACUGAUUUGUAUAUUCAAUAUUUAAAAUUAUUACUUCAAAAGAGUUUAAAAUAUUCUGAACAUCGAAGUGCUGGAACCAUUACUUCACCAGCGACUCAUCUAUGUGUACAAGAUAUAACUCAGGCGAUGAUGGAUGUUGGGUUUAUCAAGCCAUCAUCUUUUGAGAAUUAUUUGGAUGCAUUGGAUAUACCCAAUUAUCCAAAUGUUAAAGAUUAUAGUACUAAAUCAAUUGAAUCAUUUAAGAAUUGGAUAAUUUAUAGUGAUGGAUUUACAACCUCCAAGAAAUUAUCAAAAGUUCCAAGAACAUUAAUUAAAAAUUUAAUUGAAAAACGGAAAGUUGAUGAUGAUGAUGAUGGAUUAGAUAAAGAUAAGAAACAAAAAAGAUUAAAAGAAAAGCAAGAUUUUUAUAAUCAUUUCAAAAGUAAUAUGCCGUCACUGGACCCACUGCAGCAACAACAACAGCUGGACCUGUUACUCAAGCAACAACAACAACAGAAACAACAACAUGGAGAUGCUGAUGAUGCAGUCGAUGAGUUGGAAAAUGUGUUUAAUUGGUUGAAUUAUGUAUCAGAAAAGGAUAUUAAAUUAGGAAAUGAUUUAAAAUUUAUGAAUUCAUCACUUGAAGGAGAAACGAGGAAAUUACUUGAGAAUGAUGAUUUACAUCCAAUUGAGAAUAAAGAGGAACAAAUCCAAGCACAUAUAAACAAUCAUGCUAAAUAUGAUCAUAUUUUAAUCAGUUUACAAGAAGAAGAUGAUAAGAGUAUGAAUAUUUCAGGUGAACUUACUAAGGCCUUACCAUAUAAUGUUCGAUAUAAUAAAUAUUUAUUGGAAGAGCCACUUGAAGAAUAUUGGGAAUAUUCUGAGAGAGUUAGAGAAAAGGAAGAGAUUGAAAGAAGAGAGAAAGAAGAGAGAGAAAAAAAGGAGAGAGAGGAAAGAGAAAUAAAGGAGAAGGAGGAGAAAGAAAUUAAGGAGAAGGAGGAGAAAGAAAAAUUAGAAAAGGAGGAGAAAGAAAGAAUAGAGAAGGAGAAAGAGAAUAAGGAUGAUGAGACGAAGGUGAUAGAAAAAGUAGUGGAUAAUACUGAAGGUGAAGCAAUGGAAGAUGUAGUUGAUGAGGAGAAAGAUGAAGAAGAGAAGGUUGAGGAAGAGAAAGAUGAAGCAAAGAUGGUUGAAGAAAAGAAGAUUGAGGAGAAAAACGACGAAGUGAAGAAAGAUGAAGUACUAGAUGAGGAGAAAAAUGAUGGCGAAAAGGUAGAUGACAAGAAGGUAGAUGAAAAGAAGAAAGAUGAAGAGGAGAAAGAUGAAGAGGAGAAAGAUGAAGAGAAGGUAGAUGAAGAGAAGGUAGAUGAAGAGAAGGCAGUAGAAGUCGAAGAAAAGAAAGAUGAAGAGAAGAAAGACGAAUUGGAUGCAGGUAUAGAGAUAGAAAGUAAUGGUGAAAAGGAAGUGAAAAGUUCCGAGGAAGGGGAAGCGUCAAACAAUAAUAACGAGAAUGAGGAGGAGAUUGUCGAUAAACCAGAUCAACCAGAUCAACCAGAUCAACCAGAUCAACCAGUCACAAUCAAUUCACCAAAUCACGAUUAAUUCACCAAGUAUGCGUAGCAAUUACUCCAAUUCAAAUCCUUACACCGCCAUAACUGGCUCUAGAAUCCUCUCUCUUGACUAGGAUCAUUUCAUUUAUGAAACUUCAUCUCAAUAAUAGGAAUAUUCACCUGUUUGAAAUAGUUGGUAUUAUAUUACAAGAUCAACAAGAUCAAUUGAUUGACAGAAUAAGAUCAAGAGGAUUACCCAGAUGCGCACAUAAAAUUCAGAUGAACAAUAUAACCCAGACUAGUAACAUCAACAAAAUUAUUCAACAAAACUUUUCAAGUGUUAAAAAUUUUUCAAUGGUAUACAUCAACUAUUGCAUAAUGUUCAAUAUUAUAAAUUUCAAAGACAGUGUGAAUAUUGUACUGAAGGUGCAUAAAUGAAAAAAUAAUAAUCUUCUAGCCAAGAGAAUGGAUCCUAGAGCCAGCUACGGCGGUAUAAGGAGUUGAAUCGACGGCAUUUGCUACAUAAAUAACCCUAUUGGGAACAGACAUAAAUACAACACCAUGCCACCAACUGCCCAUGUGCAAGCCCAAGAACAGGCCCCACCUUGCUUCAUACAUAUGAAAGGAGUCAUAGUGCCGGUUUACUGUUUGAUUGCAGUUUUCAAAUGCAUCAACAGGACUCCCGCACAUGAAAGAGUAACGAAUUUACGAUAAGAAACGAAUUAAAAGUUUAAACUGAA